GUAUCUGCAGCGGAGGUCGAGACGAUUGCAUUUUAAAUAAGGAUAUUAGUUGCACACUUUUACCAUUAUAAAAUAUGUGUGUAUUCACACAAGCACACAUCAUUCUGAGGCUCGCCUUCUUCCACGGAACACCUUGGCUCUAGGAACUGUCACUGGUGCUGUAGAUACUGUCGCCUCCCCGCCCAUCGCGGUGUGCCAUUGGCUAGCAGCGCUGGUUAAUUUAUUUCAGUCUGUAGUAGUGUAGCAUUGGGGUGGUAAUACAGGUUAGAAUUAGGAAUUGCAAGAUGCUGCUUCGAAGAGCUAGCUACACUGGACAGAUUUUUAACUGGUCUCGAUUCAGUGGCAGGUUUAUCUAAGACACCGAGAGAGCCAGUCCCAUGCAGAUAACUACGGAGGAACCUGUUACUGUCACGCUGCCUCCGAUGGCAUCAGCUUGAAUACGGGGGAAAGUCUCCCCGUUUUCGGUGCAGACGGAAAGAGAAGCAAUGGGACCGUUUUCGAAGGGACGCUACUUCUGUUUGGGCAUCUUCUUGUUCCUCGUUUUCUUCACUACUUGCACGACAACUAAAGGAACCGGCAGCGAUGCCCUCCCGGACUCCUUGCCGUCCGUCCCGGGCACGCUCCCGCACUUCCUGCAGGAGCCCGAGGACGCCUACAUCAUCAAGAGCAACCCCAUCAAGCUUCGGUGCCGGGCCGCGCCCGCUCUGCAGAUCUUCUUCAAGUGCAACGGGGAGUGGGUGCACCAAAACGAGCAUGUGUCCCGCGAGUACCUGGACGAGGACACAGGGCUGAAGAUCCGAGAGGUGAUGAUCAAUGUUUCCCGGCAACAAGUGGAGGACUUUCAUGGCCCGGAGGACUACUGGUGUCUCUGUGUCGCCUGGAGCCACCUGGGCACUUCAAAAAGCCGCAAAGCAACCGUCCGAAUCGCAUACCUGCGGAAGAACUUUGAGCAGGACCCCCAGGGGAAGGAGGUGCCAAUCAAGGGCAUGAUCGUGCUGCACUGCCGCCCCCCAGAGGGAGUCCCGGUGGCUGGGGUGGAGUGGCUGAAGAACGAGGAGCUGGUGAAUUCCGUCACCGACGACAACAUUGACACCCGAGCCGACCACAACCUCAUCAUCAACGAGGCCCGGCUGUCCGAUUCGGGGAACUACACCUGCCUGGCUACCAACAUAGUUGCCAAGAGACGGAGCGCCACGGCAACCGUCGUGGUGUUCGUGAAUGGUGGCUGGUCAUUGUGGACAGAGUGGUCUUCUUGUAACGUGCGGUGUGGGAGGGGUGUUCAGAAACGCUCGCGCACGUGUACCAACCCCGCGCCUCUCAACGGGGGUGCUUUCUGUGAAGGCAUGUCCAUGCAGAAGAUUACCUGCAACGCUGUCUGUCCAGUGGACGGCGGCUGGGAGGAGUGGAGCGAGUGGACCGUGUGCAGCCCGGACUGCGAGCGGCAGCGGCGGAGGGAGUGCCUGGCGCCGGCGCCCAGGCACGGCGGCAAGCUCUGCGAGGGGGCCGGCCAGGCCGCCGAGAACUGCACCGGGGGACUCUGCACCCAGAAUCGAAAGCUGCUACACGAUGUAGAGCCUCAAAGUAUGGAGGGCACUAACGACGUGGCCCUUUACUCUGGCUUGGCGGCAGGGGUCAUCGCUGUGGCCGUCCUCGUGGUGGCUGUCACUUUGUACCGGAAAAACCAGAGCGACUACGGGGUGGACGUUAUCGACUCCUCUGCGCUGACGGGAGGCUUUCAGUCCUUCAACUUCAAGACCACCAGACAAGGAAAUCCGCUUCUUCUCAACUCCUCCAUCCAGCCGGACCUGACGGGGGGCCGCACCUACAGCAGCCCCAUUUGUUUCCAGGACUCCAUGGACAAGGAGCUGUUUGACCCCCUGCCUGACAUCAAGGUCAAAGUUCAGAGUACCUUCAUGGUGUCACUGGGGGUGGCGGACCGGGCGGAGUACCACGUCAAAGGCCACCCAGAGACCUUCCCCAGGGGGCUGCAGCGAGACUACAGCACCGUGGAGAGCCGCAAGAAGAACCUGCUCACCCCCACCGCCCCUGUCACGCCCUCUAAAGCGGAACUGAGGACUGUGGGCAUAUUCGGGAAUCUGGGCGGACGGUUGGUGGUGCCUAACACAGGAGUCAGCCUGCUGGUGCCGCAUGGGGCGAUUGCAGAGGACACUUCCUGGGAAAUGUAUAUGAUCAUCAAUCAAGAGGAAAACAGUGCCCACACGGACGAGGGCUGUGAAAUACUACUGGGGCCAGAGGUCACGUACGGCCCCCCAGGGCUCAGCCUGUCCUGUCCCGUCGCCAUGACGAUAGCCCACUGCGCCGAGGUGAACGGGGAAAACUGGAACAUUCGACUCAAGAGGAAAAGGCAUGAUAACAAGUGGGAGGAAGUGAUGUCGGUGGAGGACGAGACGACUUCCUGUUACUGCCUGAUGGACUCUCACAGCUGCCACCUGCUGCUGGACCAGCCCGGCUCGUACGCCCUGGUGGGCGAGCCCCUCACAGAGGUGGCCGUCAAGAGGCUGAAGCUGGCCGCGUUCGGCAGCAUGGGCGCCAGUUUCAUGGAGUACAGCCUCAGGGUGUACUGCGUGGAUGACACGCCCCAUGCUUUCCAGGAGGUGGUGGCCACAGAGACAGGCAAGGGUGGGCAGCUGCUUGAAGAGCCAAAAACCCUGCUCUUCAAAGGAACCACCUUCAGCCUACAGGUGUCAAUCCAGGACGUCCCGCAGUUUUUGUGGAACAUCAAGCCCUUCACCACCUGUCAGGAAUUCUCCUUCUCCCAAGUGUGGUGCAGCAAUCAGCAGCCUCUGCACUGUGCCUUCACCCUGGAGAGAUACAGCCCCGCCACCACCCAGCUCUCCUGCAAGAUCAGCGUGCGGCAGGUUAAAGGUCACGAGCAGAUCCUCCAGGUGUACACGUCCGUGGCGGAGAGUGAAAAGGAGAGCAUCCCAUUCUUCACUCAGGCGGACUGCACUGUCACAUCUCAGAUGGGGCCCAAGGCCUUCAAAAUCCCUUUCUCCAUUCGCCAGAGGAUCUGUGCCACCUUCGACACUGCCAACGCCAAGGGCAAAGACUGGCAGCUCUUAGCUCAGAAGCUUCACAUCGAGAGGAAUCUGUCCUAUUUUGCCAAGCAGCGGAGCCCUUCUGCAGUCAUACUCAAUCUGUGGGAGGCACAGCAUCAGGACAACGGUGACCUGGACUCUCUAGCCAGUGCCCUGGAAGAAAUUGGCAGAAUCCACUCUAAAAGCCCCACAAAGAGCCCAGAGGAACCAAACUCAGACUUUGCAUAAGAGAGGCCAGGAUCACCCAGGAACUGAGAUGUCACUGGUACAGUGGGCACCCCAAGCUACACUUCAAACUGCUCACGGGACACACACUUCCUGCAAUAUCGUGGUCAAUAUCACUGAUAAACCGGGGUCAGAAAACACGUCAUGAGAAGCCUACUUAUUUAUGUACAAAAUUUAAGAAAAGAAUAAUAAAAACUAAUCAGUUUAUUAGUGGCACAUCAAAAGGAAUAAGAUGGCAUGGUUGUGAAGGGGAUGUAGUGCCACAGGGCAAAAGGAAGGGGGCGCUGUUAAGCAAACGCUGUGGACGCAAACCUCUUUUUUCUGUUGGACCCAUUUCUUCUGGUCUCGCAUUAUCAAGCUGCCAGGACACUUCGCUCUGUGUGACGUAAAUGUGUUUUCUUUUGUUUGCUUUUCCGCCCUGUUUUCUGUUAUUUUUCAGUUCAUUCUGAAGUGGAGUCGCACCACGUGAACACACUCUUAAC